GGACGCUCGGCCGCCGCUGGAUGACGACGUACUCAUUCCGGCUGGGCGGUCGAAGAUUCGGUGACGAGUCGCGCUGAGUAAAAUCGAUUGGAGGCUUGCCGCUAGAUUCUCCCAGUGACGAGUCUAGGGAAGAGCGUACUCAUUCUGCCUGACUCUCUCAGAUCAAUGAGUCGCUGAGUGGAAUCGAUCGGAGGCUCGCCGCUUGAUUCUUACUGUGACGGACAGUACUCAUUCCGACUGGCUCGCUGAGGUCGAACGAAACUGGUGAUGAGUGGAUUGGAGGGGAUAUUGUACUGGAUUACCGGCUGGCCGCUAGAAUUUGGUGACGAGUCGCCUGCUGGGCCCGCCCACCGCUGCUGCUCAAAUUUCAAGGCAGAAACUAAUUGGCCUAUGAUCAUUUGGAAGGAGAUCCUGGUUUAGAUGGUGGACAAAAAUGUAAAAUAGAGAUCCUGAAUGUGUUGAUAGUUCGUCUUCUGAUAGUGCAAUACUUCAAGUCUUAAGCUGUUUCUUACUGCAGUGGCAUCCACAAAAUUCGGAGUCCAUGGGGAACCUUUGCUUGGAGUUAUCGGAGUAUGCUAUAAUAUUGCUCUCCAUAGGUAAAAUUUGUAUCCAUUGAGGGUUACAACACUCCAUAUUAAAGUCAUGCUCAUAUUUUCUAGUUUGAAUCUGUAGCAAGAGUCCAAUAAAUCAAGCAAUGUUAGAGGCAAUGCUGACACAGAUGAUCAGUAUCAUAUUUGGUAGAAUGGAGACUGAUCCGGUUUGAAAUUUAAAUUUCUGAAUUUUAGUGUGUUAUUCUGUUAUUGGAGGAAGAAAGAUCAUCAUGUCUUUUGCAGGUUCAGUUCUCUUCAUCUGUUCCUUCAGAUCAUACUGAUACAGCAACUGCUUCUGCAGAGAAGUCUAGCUGAAAAAAUGGGAAAGAAAUGACUUUAGGAGACGCACUUAGGUUAAAGGCACCACCAUUGCAUCUGUUGAGGAAAUCCAUAAUCUUGCUGGUGGUGCUGACAUCGAGGUCCAACCUGGUCAAUUCUUAUUUAAUAUUUUAUUUCGUUGUGGUGCCACUGUCCUCAGCUUUUUUUACCAUGGUUUAAAGGCUGCACUUGACAAAGUGGUCCACGUUGAGGAUGGUAAAAAGAUUAGAUGGUAUGCACAUGAUUGAAGAUUCUAGUUUCAUGUCCUCAGAGAUUGACCUUGAGAGCAUGAGUAUUGGAAAACGUGAUGCUUUACUAGUAUUCUGCACACUCUGCAAGAUGGGUGUGAAGGAAGACACUGAUGAGGUAACUGUGAAGACGAGAAUUUUGUCCUUUGAAUUUCUCCAGGUCAUAACUUGCAUGAUAUUCACCUUCCUGUGGUAAUUUUAAAAUGGUGCUGCAGGGCCUGCUGGAAGGGGUUAGCAAUUCAUUGACAAAGAACUUUCAUCUCAUUGACUCUGAAAAGCAUACCUUUCCUAUGCUUUGCUGUGAGCUUCAGUUUUGCAGUCUCCUGUCAUAUUUGAGGUUCCCUUUCAUCUAUUUGUGUCCCCUUUCUUCAUCUGGUUUGACCAGAGGCGCUAUGAGAAUUUGCCCAUCUUUAUUGGUUUUGCAGUUGCUCUUUUUCCCCUUUGCUUGCCAUAUUUAGCAAAGAAUUGUUAAUGAAUCUGAAACCCUCUUGCAGGAUGUUUAGUCAGCCUAUGAAAUAUUUGAUAUCUUGAUUUUGAAUAAUAACUUAGUAAUUGUCUUGAUUUGCAAUAAUCUGUUGUGAAAUUUCUUAUGGGACUAGAUAUGAAGACUAGCAUAUGCCAUUAUUAUUUGCAAGGAAAUGAUACAAAAGCGGUGAGAAAGGGGAGGAGAAGAGGAAGCAGGGGAGGGCAAGCACCAGAUGAAGUUGUUGUAAGAAUAAAUGCCUCUGUUAUAAUUUAAAUCCUGAUGAUAGAUGCAUAGGGCUUUAAGUGAAAAGAGCUGCCUAAGAAGCACUAUUUUGUUCAUUAUCAAAAGGAAUAAGCAUGCUUUGCUUGAUUUUUAAGGUUUAGUUUAUCUUGGAUAUGAGGGUGCUUUUGUGUGUGUGUGUGAACAAAUUUACAUUGUACUUGUAUCGCUGCCUAGUGUUUGUGUGGGAACAACUUACAUUGUACUUGUAUCACUGUCUAGAAUGUUGAUGAUUAUUUCCAUUGUCAUGCUCAUGCAGAACAAAUUAUUAAAUUUAUCUUUGCACUCUGCCGAGGAGAUUGUAUGUCUGCAUGAUUACCCAUCACAAGUUUGAGAAAAGGUCAGUACACAUAAAAUGUAUGGUUAUGUACGUAUCAGAUUAAUCAAUAAGUUUGUUUUCAUUUU